UAUCGUCGUUGCAGAAACUACAACAACUACGAUGGGAGUAUAUUGAAGAAGGACGACCAAUCUGAAGGCGCUAUACCGUCUGUCAGUUCUCACUGUCAACAGAUGAAAUGCAGCGAAACUCAAAUAUCGAUAGCGGAAGACGUCGAAACGUGUAGCAAUGCUCCAAUAAGCACCAUAACUAACGGCCCUCAAUCCCUCAGGGGUUCCAACCACCAUCCCGUGAACACGAACGGAAGCAUUAUCACUAUGACACUUAAAAAUAACCAUCUCAUAGUCGAAACCGAAGAACGAAACGACAUCCAAGAAGACAGCAGAGAGACAAAGAUGACGUAUUCUCCGAGUGCUCGAGAUGGUGUCUUCGUUGUCGAAGUUCAGCAAGGGAGCAAGAGAAGUCCAGGUUCCGGAGGUCCAUUUUCAUGCGUUGAAGCCGUAGCAUCUGGGUCAACGAGUGACCAAUGCGCGUUAGUUCAUAAUCCACCUGACAGAUACAGCGACGAAGAUACCUUAGACGAAUAUGACGAGGCUGAAUAUUAUGUUGAAACACCUUCACCAGCCACCAACGGUACUGAAACAAUGUCCUCACUUCGUUGUCAAUUACAGACAGGUCUCUGUCAAUCUGAUCGGAGCAUAUCUUCGGCAAAUCAGACGUACACUUAUGGCAAUCAGCAAGGAUAUUGUUCGGGAAGCUUUGGCUAUCCUUUUUAUAAUGGUUACAUCGAUGAUGAUGCGGAUGAACCAGCCCAGAGAAGCGUCAAAAAAGACUGUCAUAAGCCAAAGAUUAUUUCGGAAAUUUACAAAAGCAACAGCGUCAUCAAGGCUUCCUUCGAAGUUUUGGAUGAAUUGUCUUGUGAUAAUAGUGGGCCAGUGAAACAUCCAAGUUUUGAAAGGUCGAAUUCCCGAGAUGUUGGUGCAAGUUUGGAGCGUACUCCAAACCAAUUAAACACAUCACAAACGGACCAACAGAACCGAGCGAGUUCGAUAAUGACUAAUGAUGCGACAGAGAAGCAAUUUGAUGAAGAACAAAAGCGCCUGGGCAAUAGCAAAACAAACGACGACCCAGUGCAGUGUAAAUUGGAGCAAACUUCGACGGCAACGUUAGAUCGUCAAUUGCCAAACAACAACAUAAACGGCUUGGAAAGCUGUCAAAUCAUUCAGAACGAGCCGACGGGAAAUUCCAGCAAUAUUAGUGUCGUUAACAAUAAUACGACAGAAAAUUGUCUUGCUGUUACUGAGGUAGCUUAGAAUUUACACGAACUUCGUAACAUACAAUGUUAUUGGAUGUCAAACCAAGAACAUCGCGGAAUUAGGCUAAAGAGUCAAUAGAUAGCAGGUUAAGAGAAGUUUUACUUGUUACAAUAUAAGUGGGUCAUCGUGAUAGGGUAAAAUGCAAAAGUCACUUAGAUGUUUCUGUUUUACUGUCACGUAGCUCAUUCAGCCGAGGCUUCUGCGAUAAAACAUACGAGGGCGGUUCAAUAAGUAUCCGUGUUAGA